UCUCAUCACCUUCAUUUUCUGCCCUAAAUUUCUGUUACCAGUGAUACAAUAGAUCUGAAAACUCGAGAGUAAAAGGAAUCAUGGCGUCGAAAACUGCCACUAAAGACAUCAUCACUCUGCGAGGAUCAGCCGCCAUCGUUAGUGAAUUUUUCGGUUAUGCAGCAAACAGUAUUUUGUACAAUCGUGGAUUAUAUCCAGAAGAAAGUUUUGCGAGGGUUAAGAAAUACGGUCUCCCGUUGUUGCUUACUCAAGACGAGGGGGUUAAAUCCUUCAUUUCGAAUCUCACUUCUCAACUCUCUGAGUGGCUGGAGGCAGGGAAGCUGCAGAGGGUGGUGCUGGUGAUCAUGAGCAAAGCUAGUGGAGAGGUUCUAGAGCGAUGGAAUUUCAGCAUUGAGACGGAUGGAGAGGUCGUUGAGACGGGAGUGUCUAGGGAGAAGAGUGAUAAGGAGAUUAUGAGGGAAAUUCAGGCAAUCAUGAGGCAGAUAGCAUCCAGCAUUACGUACUUGCCAUGCCUCGAUGAAACAUGUGUGUUUGAUGUCUUAGCCUACACUGAUAAAGAUUGCUCGGUCCCUUUUACUUGGAUGGAGAGUGACGCUAAGCUUAUUGCCAACCCGCAAAUGGUGAAACUACACUCUUUUGAUACAAAGAUUCACAAGGUUGAUACUCUAGUAUCAUACAAGAACGAUGACUGGGACGAGCCAUGAAAGAAGAUAAUAAACCAUAUGCUGCAGCAGCUUUUAUUUUCUCUCCUUGAGAUUUCUGUGUUUGGCUGGAAGUGACAGAACCCGUAUAUCAUACAAGAGCGAUGACUGGGAUGAACCAUUAAUAACUAGACUUUGCUGCAGCUUUUGUGUUUUUCUCUCCUUGAGAUUUUUGUGGUUGAAAGGAACAGAACAAUGGUGACUCACUCUUGUGAGUCAUUCAUUUUACAAUUUGUGUUUGUUAUGUAUGAUUGAUUCAUGGAAGUUGGUAAUGUUGCAUUGUUUAAGCUUUGAAUGAAUUAUGAAGUGUGUAGUUUUUGAGUGCA